AAGUUUAGGUUACAGUAGGACAAAAUGGCUGCGUUAUGUACAAGAUGUAGGCAUUAUUUUGGGAUAUAAAUGGGAAAAUUCCGCACAUGACAUUUCUAGUUUUCCAAAUGGAUAUCCGGGUCAUUAUCCUUAUCCUUGGUGUAUCACUUAUGAUACAAAUAGACCCCGUGGGAUCCGCUACCAUCACCGAUUACUUUGGGAACAAGGUUUACGACAAUGGUACGAUAGAAUGGGGCCCUGUGCCCUCUGGGACCAAGUAUAAGACCACCAAUACGUACAGUGAUGGAGGGCUGGGGACGCUGUUCGCCUUCGCCAGGAGUUUUGUCAACACUAUCCAGCCCAAACCUUUCCCGUUUAGUCUGAUAAAGAAGAUUAUGAAUGGCGAAUUUGACAUCGGUGCACAAUACAUGGAGCUAAUUAACUAUGCCAUGGGGUUCGCGGUGUGUGUGGUGAUAGGCCUCCUCUAUGUGGUGUUCCUGCCUCUCUGUGGUUGCUGUUUCUGUUGCUGCCGUUGCUGCGGUAACUGCGGUGGCGACCUUAAAGCGGAGUAUGAUGACAACGAGGACUGUAAGAGAAUGGGGUUUGCUCAAGCGGUGUUUCUGUUGGCUGUUCUGAUGACGGCGUCCGCUGGUUGUAUUUACGCCACUAACGGCCGCUUUACCGUGGCGCUGUCUUACGCCGACGUUAACAUUGCUGACAACCUAGACGACGUUUAUGCUUACUCGCUGAACACUCAAUCGCAAUUUCGUUACGUUGCUAUCGACAUGUACGCUAUCAUUUCUCAAGCAAUCAUCAGAGAUAUAUCAGGCAUUGGAACUGUUUUGACAACAAAGAUUUUCGCCGUGCUAAGCAUUGACCCUGUGAUAAAUGCUGUUUUGGCACUUGAUACUACUUUGAACGAAAUCGACACCAAUUUGGAUGCAGUGAUAGCAGACAAGAACACCCUGGUUACAGCAGCUAACACGCUCUCCAGCAGCCUGUCCACCCUCAAGUCAGCAAUUGACUCGACCAAGUCAGGAUGUUCCAGUGACUGCACCCCUACAACAGUCUGCAACAGUUUUGAUACGUCAUCGAUGACGAUGAACGCUGAUUUUUCCACGCUUCCAGAUUUGACCUCUACACAGACUGCAAUUAAGGAUGUCGUUGCCAAAAACCUUACUAAAGUAGCGCUGGAGGCCAAAGCUGCUUUGGAUAACAUGCAGACGACGAUAGACGGCCAGACAGGAUCCAUCCAGUCCUCACUUGAGAGCACGCUGAACACUUUCAAAGCCACGCUUAAUACAAUGGUGGAUGAUUUCCUGGCUCAAAUCAACAACGCCUUCAAUACUCGAGAGUUGAAGAACUCGAUGCGCGGGUUCUUUGGUUCAGCUUUAGACUACGAUGUCUACAGGCAGUACUUCGGCUAUGGUUUGAUGGGCGUUUUCUCCUUCAUACCACUGCUUUUGGUUGGUGGAAUGCUUUGUGGAUGCUGUUGUAAAAAGGAUGUAAAACCAACCAAGCGUGGAGGGUGCGAGAGUUGUGGAGGAUGCUUGCUCAUUCUAGCUGUCGCCAUUAUGUUCUUGAUAGGAGCCCUCUUGAUGUUGCUAACAACUGUGGCCUUUAUGAUCGGAGGAAACUUUGAGAAAAUCUGUCAAACUUUUCUCGACAUGUCCAUUUUCCGUGAUUUUGUGGAUGACGGGGGUGUACCCGGAUUUAACUUGGGACAGAUGAUCCUGAACGAUCCCGCAGCAAACAUCAGUUUAUACGGGACACUUCUAGGUUGUAGAAUGAAUAAAGCCCCGUUCGAAUUACUAUCGUUGGAGAAAAUAAUUCCAAUUGACAACUAUUUGAACUACAGUCAGUACAUGGGUGACAUCGACACACAAAUCAACUCCAUCAGUACGGCUGUGGACCUCUCGUCCUUUAAGGUACUUACCCCAGAAAUGAACACGGCGCUGAACGACUUCAAGAACUCUGGCAUCUCUAGCAUAGAUUUCGCCGCCAUCAAUACCACGCUCGGGCAAAGUACGGUGACCAUUGACUUUAACUCGAUGAUCUCUGGAAUGGAGUCUAUUCGAGACCAAUGUACGGGAACCUCGAGGAACAACUGGAUUCAGCACAUUACGGAUACGAAAACAAUUCGAGACACAACCCUUCCAGCUGUAGAAACUGCGAAAACGAACUUGCAAACCUCGGUUGGCAAACUAGAAGGAUCCGUAGGAGGCGUGACGACUAAAAUUGAUGACGUAUUGGCCACUGCUGCCACGGCCGAUAGUCAAAUCCAGAACAACGCCACGGCUGUAUUAAAUGAUGUCGCCUUAACCUACAAAAACCUUAUCCUCGGCUACAUUGAUUCUUAUUUUGCUCGAACUCGCUCUUUGAUAUCCAAUGAUCUGGCGGCCUGUCUGCCACUGUGGAAUCUGUACGAGUCCUUCACGACCAUGCUCUGUAGCUACACAGUUGAUGCUCUCAAUGGAUUUUGGUUUGGCACUGGCUGGGCACUGAUCCUGUUUGUUCCUACAAUUAUCACCUCUGUAAAGUUAUCCAAAUACUACCGACGAAUGAAGGAGUGCGAGGGAUAUGGAAGUGACUCGGAAGAUGACGAUGAUUACAGCGAUUCUGACGACGAUGAUGUUUUCCAACCCAGGUACAACCAAGUGUCGCCAAAAUAAGUCACAACAGAGGAAUGGUGCACAAGCAAUGUCUAAAAUACAUCAUAAUAAAACAAGGACUGACAGCA